CCCGCGCGCAGGGGCGGGGCGGCCGGGCGCCGAGCGGCGGCCUCGCGGUGCCUAGGCUGGGGCGGGCAGCCGUGACGCUCAGUCGCGCGGAGCCGGGCCGGGAGCGCGAGCGGCGGCGGCGGCGGCAGGAUGAACAGCAUCAAGAGCGUGCCGGCGCGGGUGCUGAGCCGCAGGCCGGGCCAUAGCCUGGAGGCCGAGCGCGAGCAGUUCGACAAGACCCAGGCCAUCAGCAUCAGCAAAGCCAUCAACACCCAGGAGGCCCCCGUGAAGGAGAAGCAUGCCCGGCGCAUCAUUCUGGGCACUCACCAUGAGAAGGGGGCCUUCACCUUCUGGUCCUACGCCAUUGGUCUGCCGCUCCCCAGUAGCGCCAUCCUCAGCUGGAAGUUCUGCCACGUCCUCCACAAGGUGCUCCGAGACGGACACCCGAAUGUGCUGCAGGACUGCCAGCGCCACCGGAGCAACAUUCGGGAGAUCGGCGACCUGUGGGGACAUUUGCACGACCGCUACGGGCAGCUGGUGAAUGUUUACACCAAACUCCUGCUGACCAAAAUUUCCUUCCACCUGAAGCACCCCCAGUUUCCCGCAGGCCUGGAGGUGACAGACGAGGUGCUGGAGAAGACAGCUGGGACUGACGUCAACAACAUCUUCCAGCUCACCGUGGAGAUGUUCGACUACAUGGAUUGCGAGCUGCGGCUUUCUGAGUCAGUGUUCCGGCAGCUCAACACGGCCAUUGCUGUGUCCCAGAUGUCCUCGGGCCAGUGCCGCCUGGCGCCCCUCAUCCAGGUCAUCCAGGACUGCAGCCACCUCUACCACUACACCGUGAAGCUCAUGUUCAAGCUGCACGCCUGUCUCCCGGCUGACACCCUGCAAGGCCACAGGGACCGGUUCCACGAGCAGUUUCACAGCCUCAGAAACUUCUUCCGCAGAGCCUCAGACAUGCUCUACUUCAAGCGGCUCAUCCAGAUCCCACGGCUGCCCGAGGGACCGCCCAACUUCCUGCGGGCUUCGGCCCUGGCUGAGCACAUCAAGCCGGUGGUGGUGAUCCCUGAGGAGGCCCCCGAGGACGAGGAGCCGGAGAAUCUCAUCGAGAUCAGCACAGGGCCCUCGGCUGGGGAGCCUGCGGUGGUGGCUGACCUCUUCGACCAGACAUUUGGACCCCCCAAUGGCUCCUUGAAGGACGAUCGGGAUGUGCAGAUCGAGAGCCUGAAGAGGGAGGUGGAGAUGCUCCGAGGGGAGCUGGAGAAGAUCAAACUGGAGGCCCAGCGCUACGUCUCGCAGCUGAAGGGCCAGGUGAACGCGCUGGAGGCCGAGCUGGAGGAGCAGCGGAAGCAGAAGCAGAAGGCGCUGGUGGACAACGAGCAGCUCCGCCACGAGCUGGCCCAGCUGCGGGCCGCCCAGCGGGAAGGCGAGCGCAACCAGGGCCUGCGCGAGGAGGCCGAGAAGAAGGCCAGCGCCAUCGAGGCGCGCUACCACAAGCUCAAGGAGAAGCACAGCGAGCUCAUCGGCACGCACGCGGAGCUGCUCAGGAAGAACGCGGACACGGCCAAGCAGCUGACGGUGACGCAGCAGAGCCAGGAGGAGGUGGCGCGGGUGAAGGAGCAGCUGGCUUUCCAGAUGGAGCAAGUGAAACGCGAGUCAGAGAUGAAGCUGGAGGAGCAGAGUGACCUGCUGGAGAAGCUGAAGGAGGAGCUGGAGGCCAAGGCCGGAGAGCUGGUGCGCGCGCAGGAGGCGCUGACCCGCACGGAGCAGAGCGGGUCGGAGCUGAGCUCGAGGCUGGACGCGCUGAGCGCGGAGAAGGCGGCGCUGAGCAGCGCGGUGCGGCAGCGGGACGCGGACCUGCAGGCGGCCCAGGGCCUGGCGCGCGAGAAGGAGGCGGCGCUGAGCCGGGAGCAGCAGCGCAGCGCGCAGGAGACGGCUCAGCUGCGGGGACAGCUGGCGGACAAGGAAAGUCAGGAGCAGGAGCUGCAGCGGAGGCUCCUGGACGAGCAGUUUGCGGUGCUGCGGGGCACUGCCGCGGAGGCCGAACGGAUCCUGCAGGACGCUGUGGCCAAGCUGGACGACCCUCUGCACCUGCGCUGCACCAGCUCACCAGGUGGGGCUGCGGGGCCGCCCUUGGGGUCGCCUUCCUUGCCUGGAAGGGUGCUCGGCGACCCUGAGAGGCGAGAGGCAGAGCAGCAGGGCAGUGGGGGCCCCAGGCAGGCUCCGCCCCUCACCGCUUCUCCUCUGCUUGCAGACUACCUGGUGAGCAGGGCCCAGGCCGCCCUGGAUGCCGUGAGCGCCCUAGAGAAGGGCCAUGCCCAGUACCUGGUCUCCAGGUCAGACGCCUCUGCGCUGGUGGCAGCCCUGACCCAGUUCUCCUACCUGGCUGCGGACACCAUUGUCAAUGGCAGUGCCACCUCCCACCUGGCCCCUACUGACCCUGCAGACCGCCUGGUGGACACGUGCAGGGAGUGCGGGGCCCGCGCUCUGGAGCUCCUGGGGCAGCUGCAGGAGCAGCAGACUCUGCACCAGGCCCAGCCAAGCCUGGUGCGACGCCCCCUGCAGGGCAUCCUGCAGCUGGGCCAGGAGCUGAAGCCCAAGAGCCUGGAUGUGCGUCAGGAGGAGCUUGGGGCCAUGGUGGACAAGGAGAUGGCGGCCACGGCCACGGCCAUCGAAGAUGCUGUGCGGAGGAUUGAGGACAUGAUGAACCAGGCCCGCCACGCCAGCUCCGGGGUGAAGCUGGAGGUGAAUGAAAGGAUCCUCAAUUCCUGCACAGACCUGAUGAAGGCCAUCCGGCUCUUGGUGACCACAUCCACCAGCCUGCAGAAGGAAAUUGUGGAGAGCGGCCGGGGGGCAGCCACGCAGCAGGAGUUUUAUGCCAAGAACUCUAGGUGGACGGAAGGCCUCAUCUCCGCUUCCAAGGCCGUGGGCUGGGGAGCCACGCAGCUGGUGUAUGUCGCCCCAGGUGGGGGGCAGCAGGGCGUGUGGUGCUCAGGGUCUGGGGAGGGAGUGUGGCGGUGGCCCGGUGGCUGCAGGGUCGGAGACCCAGGCCUGCCCGGCUCUGUCCACAGGGAGUCGGCGGACAGGGUGGUGCUCCACACGGGCAAGUACGAAGAGCUCAUCGUCUGCUCCCACGAGAUCGCGGCCAGCACGGCCCAGCUCGUGGCAGCUUCCAAGGUGAGGCUCAGUGCGUGGCGGCCUCUCGCCUUUGGUCUGGGCUGUGGCCAACGUCUCCCCGUGCGCCCAAAAGCCCCUGUGCGGGCGCCUGAGCAUGACCCACCCCCCACUCCCCCAGGUGAAGGCAGACAAGCACAGCCCCCACCUGAGCCGCCUCCAGGAGUGCUCCCGCGCCGUCAACGAGAUGGCCGCCAACGUGGUGGCCUCCAGCAAGUCCGGCCAGGAGCAGAUCGAAGAGAGAGGUGCGGGUGGGCCCUGGUAGCAGCUGGGGUGGGGGCAGGCGCACAGACACUCACCCCUGCCCCCCGCCCCGCUCUGACCACAGACACCAUGGACUUCUCUGGCCUGUCUCUCAUCAAGCUUAAGAAGCAGGAGAUGGAGACCCAGGUCCGCGUCCUGGAGCUGGAGAAGACGCUGGAGGCCGAGCGCAUGCGGCUGGGGGAGCUGCGGAAGCAGCACUACGUGCUGGCUGGGGCCGUGGGGACGCCCAGCGAAGGGGAUCCCGGCCGACCCAGUGCUGCCCCCCGCAGCGGGGCCUCCAAGAAGCCACCCCUGGCCCAGAAGCCCAGCGUGGCCCCCCGGCAGGACCACCAGCUCGACAACUACUCCCGACUCAGCUCGUAAACUACUAGGCUCCCGAAGGAUCCCAGUGGGGAGGCUAGCGGGCAGGCCUGGGCCUUGUGUGGCCACCCCGAAUUGGCUCAAGAGCCUCCAAGGGGGUGCAGCCCCCUGCCCCAUGGCCAAGUUCAGUGUCCCUGAGGCCCCCAGCCCUGGCUGAACCCAAAGGAUCAGAGAUCUCGGCAGUUCUCCGGGACGUGAGUCUUUCUGCAGCGGGCACUCGUGGGACCAGCCAGAACCGAGCAGGCCUGAGCCAUGGGCCUUCAGGAAAUAUAUGGAACAUUUGUAAUUUCCGGAGUUAGAGCUUUCCUUCAUGAGUUUGGAUUCACCCUGGGGAGCAGGGCCCCUGGAAAGGGUGUCUGGGCAGGACCUCCCCUGCCUUUUGAACUCAAGGUCUGAGGUUACUAAUGAAUAACAAAUCCCUGUUGGCUGCCAGGGACCUGGGCAAGAUGUCACCUAUCUGUAGUCUUCCUGGGGCACGGAGUCCUUGCAGAUGGGCCCAGGGUGGUCUUGGACAAAACAGCCCUGGUUCGGGGUGCCUCCCUGCAAGGCAUCGGGGACGGAGCACAGAGUAGGCCCUUAUGGGGGGUGGCAGGCCGGGCAGUGCGGCCCGGCACAGGUGCUGUGCUGCUGUCACUCCCGGAAUCUCUUCUCCCAUCUGUGGUGACCGUCCUGUUCCUGGUUUUCAUGCCCCUUCUUCUGCCCUAGAGGCCCUGUUCUGCGGGUUGCCCAUCGCCCACCCCCCUCACCUCUCCCCUCCUCUCAGUCUAGCCCACCCUCCUAAAGGCCUCCCCAGCUCAGACACCAAAAGUCUGGGAACUAGGACGCCUGCGGGCCAUUCUCUAAGCCAGAGGCACGUUGUGCCCCCAGGAAGCCUCCCCACCCCCCAGCCCCCGCUCCCAGCCGUCUAGUGGCAGUCCCACUUGGAGGAUUUGUAAGAACGUGUGUUCUUUGAGUCCCCACCCUGACUCCAGGGAAGUGCUGAGAGAAAAAGGACCAGCACCAUGGGCCCCAGAAGCUUCCCUGUCCCCCCUGCCUCCCGGCGGUCCAAUCCCAGCCAUGUUCUGGAGGGGUGCACAAGGUCCAGCUUUUCUGCUUUGCCUUUAGUAUUUCCUUGUUGGAAGAGGCCGAUGGGCAAUAAAACGCACGUGGACCGUUGCCACCGCCCUCCAGUGAGGGGCCGCACCUGGGCUGUGCAUUUCUCCGGAGCCAGAACGUGUGACACGGGUUGGGAGAGCACUUAGCUUCUGCAGGGGACAGAGCGCUUGGAACCACAGAAGAGCUGCUUCUGGUUCUGCCAAGAAGUGCCCUGGCCUGCGUCCUGGGAGGUUUGGGACUUGAGGUCCUGGGACGGACGCCAGUGUGGUGAGUCGUUGGCUCUGGGCUUUCCGCCCCGGCCUCCCCGCUCCGCCAGCCCGCUCCGAAACCAUGCUGUUUUGUGAAGGGGAGGAGUGACCACGGGGUCCCAGCAGUUAAGAAUGUCCCCCGGCUGGGGCAGUGGCGGUGACCCCGACUCCUCAUUGGUCAGGCUUGACCGGCGCAACCACACCCAGCCUUCCCUCCGAGAACCUACCCGGCCUCCGGGCUCCCAAGAGCACAGCUGGCUGUGCGGCCGCGCUUUCCCUGGGGAUGCCCACGGCUCCCGGCCUCGGCGUGCUGCCCACAGAGCGAGCGCUCCCUUGCCCCGCAGGCCCCAGCACUUGUGGAAGCGCCAUCGUGCAGGCUAGAGAGACAAGAGCCCCACUCCCUGGGCCUGGCUUUCCCGUGGGGUGAAGUGGGGCCCUGCCUCGCUCCAGGCUGGUUGGGAGGUUGGGGUGGGGCUGUCGAAGUGCUCUGCAACUCCCUGAACAGAACGAUGGCGCCGGAGCCUGGUUCUCAUUUGUAAGGGAAAAGUGCUUCAGAACAACGUCAACCCAAGAGGCCCGGCUCCGCCACAUACACACCGUGCAAACAGCCCCGCGUAGACUACACUCGCUCGAUCCGGAGAACUGCUAGCCUGACUCGAAGCGAACCUGCCACUGGAAGCCAUGGGGCCAGACCUCUGCACGCCGCGGCCCCCCCACCGUGCCCCCCCCACCUCCUCCCAAACACAGGGGCCGGGAGUGGGGAGGCCAGGAUCAGACAACGCUGGGCUGGUGAGAAGCCACGGAGCGCACAGCCCCGCCUAGCGAGUGCCCCCCACAGAAGGCUACAAAUCGAGCUCGAAGCUUCCUAAGCAGCCACCAGGGAAAGAGCAACUGUCAGACACAAAUACUCAAAAGAGCAAACAGAUUCCUCAGGCAGAGCCGCCUUCCUCCCAGGACCACCCCAGCGGUGUCCCUCGCAUGUCCUCCUGGAGCACAGAGGGGCAGGGGCUGGCAGCCCCCCUAGAGGCGGCGGCGGCAGGGAAGCUGAGCCUGGCACUCCUGUUCCGGGGGACGCAGUGAGGAAAGUCCCUCCCAGGGGGGCGGGGGGGGCACUGAGGGGCUGGCGGGCUGUAGCCCUGGAGGCAGGGUCCCUCUCCCAGCCUCAAGAGGGAAGCAGCACCUACCUCCAUCUGGGACCGUUGCGGGGGGCUCUGGGCUCCAGAACAAAAGGUCCCCCAUUCAAUUCUGUCAUUUGAAACAAGCAGUCAAGGGCCUGAGUCUCCCUGAGCAGUGCCGUCUGUGCUGGUGAUCCGCAGGACAGGGCCCGAGAGACUGAGCCCAGAGGCCCAGGGCAGAGUGGGGACCCUGUGGACCCGCUCUCCCCCCUUUCUGCCCUUUACUCCGGGCUGGGGGGAUCGGGCAGCAGCACAAAACGCUCUACGAGUGCUAGGGCCCCCAAUCCAGGCAGACGCUUCGACGCAAGUCCACCUCCCUCUCGGAACUGAUCACGGAGCGUCUAGAACCAAAUACAGGACAGGACCAUAGUUCAUUCCGUUUAUUACGAAGGGUCCUCCAGCUUUACAGCCCCGGCCCUGGCAGCGCCGUCCCCACAUCCACACCGAGCUCACUUGGCAGGGUAGUAAGCCAGCCCCUGGGGCAUUUCAGUGACAGUACAGGGGUGUCCCUGCCCAGGGGCACUGAAGACAAAGUGUGGCGGCCUCACCCCCGGCCUGCUGGGACAGACCCUGUGGAGCUCUGCCGCCGUUCCGCUACCUGGGCCGGUGAGACCCCAAAGGGCCGGGAAGAGCGCGGGGUGUGGCAGAGCGUGAGUCUGUUGGCACCAUCCGAUGAUCUGGGCACAGCAGAGAGCUGCUGGGGUCCCUCUGUCCCCCCUCCUGCCCGGAGGCCCCCGCCGAGGAAGAGACUGGCUACCAGGAUCCUGGUCCACGGUGGGACAGGCUGCUUCUGCCAGCAGCACCCCGACCAAGCCUCUUGGGGAACAAAGUCGCUCGUGGGAGCUGCCCCUCCGCCUGCCCAGCUGGGGGCCUGCAGGGGAGCCGGAGCCGGCCCCUCACUGGCACCAGGGGGAAACUAAGGCACAGCACAGGCACCCACAGGAGACCAUACACUGCUUGUAAAAAAAGGAAAUGGCAUUCACUUCUGUACUUCACUCUGCUCAAAAGAAUAUGUGCAUUUUUAUAAAGUUUCCCUGAAUG